CACAUCAUUUGGUCAUAUGCACAUAGUCGUGUGCACUGCAUGGUCGCGCACAUCCCCACGCACUUGGCCAUGUGCAUAUGACCUUGGUUGUGUAGGACUUGCGAUAGCACGAGCUACUCCUGAUGCCUUUGGACUUUGUCGGGGCAUGAUUAAACUACUCCUUGGUUGUGCUGGGGAGUCUUGCAAAAAUGUUUUCAUUAUUGUGGGGCUUAUUUUGAGGUGUGACACCCUCCUCAACUCAAUCUCGCAAUGUCCUUAUUACGCUUGGCUUGAAUUAUUCAAUUUUGUCCAAGAAUUGCCAAACUACAGCUACUCGGGAUAUGGAGCUUAUUCUGGUAAGGUAAGCAAGCAAUUCUAUUUCUUCACUGCUUUAGAACUUUUGAAGUGCUUUUCCUGUGAAACUAUGGGUUCAAAAAAUGUAUUUUGCCAUUUGAUCUUCUUCUGCACACUUUCUUUUGGCUGCAACAUGCAGGGCAGAGUUAGCACAAGGGCUUGAAAUAUAAAUUUGGUUAAAACUAUUCUAUCACUCUUCUUUAUGAUGCCACUGCAGCUUCUACUUCCAAAAUUCAUCAUGGCAUCUCUAAUUUCCUCCUCUAUAGCUUUUGAGUUCAGUAAUAAGUAGUGAUUUGUAUUAUUUUGUAGUUGUUCACUCCCAAAUUGAUAUUGACAUUUACUUGUUAGACUCAGUCAA